ACAUCUGGGCCCUGUUGUUCUAUCUACUACACCCCUCUCUCCAAUCUCUCUCUUUUCCCCUGUCUCUAUCUCUGUCUCUCUGCAACCAUGCAAGCCUCCUACCAUUUCUGCACCACACAAACAACCACUAAACUUAGAAACCAAACCAAACCUCACACACCCAUAAGAAAAUUCCAUCUAAACGCACCAUCAUAUACAUGCAAAAUUCUCAUCAACCCAUCAAAAAAUACAGUUCCCCGGAAACUGACAACUCCGGCACAGUCGGAGACGAACUCAAACCCUUUGCUCAAACCACGAAUUUCUGGGGCUCCACUGGAACCCCACCACUCUCUUGUGCUCAACCCAAUUCAAAAACUAGCAGUCUCAGCUCUAGACUUUGUUGAGAGGUCACUGAUCUUGGAGCUAGAAAAGAAGCAGAAACUGAACCGGACGGUUGACCCGGCGGUUCAGCUAGAGGGGAACUUCGCUCCGGUUUGUGAGUGCCCGGUUCUGCACGGCCUCGAGGUGGUGGGUCAGAUUCCGGCAGGCCUACGUGGGGUCUACUUAAGAAAUGGGGCCAACCCGUUGUUCUCACCAAUCAACGGCCACCACUUGUUUGACGGUGACGGCAUGAUACACGCCGUUACUUUUGGGUCGCCUAACCGACCCAGCUACUCUUGUCGGUUCACUCGCACGAGUCGGCUUGUCCAAGAAUCCGCGCUUGGAAGGCCUCUAUUUCCGAAGCCGAUCGGCGAGCUUCAUGGCCAUCUCGGCCUAGCUCGGCUCUCGCUGUUCUUCGCUCGAGCCUCAAUCGGCCUAGUCGAUAGCUCACGAGGCACUGGUGUGGCCAACGCUGGGUUGAUCUGUUUCAACGGCCGAGUUCUUGCCAUGUCAGAGGAUGAUCUUCCGUACAACGUCCGUAUCACGGCUGAUGGUGAUCUCGAAACGAUCGGACGGUUCGAUUUUAACGGCCAGCUUGAAAAUUCAAUGAUAGCGCAUCCCAAGGUGGACCCUGUUACAGGUGAUCUCUACAGUCUGAGCUACAACGUACUAAAAAAGCCUUAUCUAAAGUACUUGAAGUUUGACGCGUGCGGGAGAAAGUCACGUGACGUGCCUAUUUCCGUCCAACAACCAACCAUGAUUCAUGACUUUGCAAUAACGGAGUCUCACGUGAUCAUCCCGGAUCAUCAGGUGGUGUUCAAGCUAUCCGAAAUGGUCCGUGGCGGGUCACCCGUAAUUCAUGACCCGAACAAGACUUCCCGGUUUGGAGUUUUGCCCAAAGAGGACGACAACGAGUCGGGAAUUCGAUGGGUUGAGGUACCCGACUGCUUUUGCUUCCAUCUGUGGAAUGCAUGGGAGGAGUAUAACAAACAUGGCGAUCCGAUAAUUGUGGUUAUCGGGUCAUGCAUGACUCCACCCGAUUCUAUUUUCAAAGAAGGAGACAGCCCGAUCAGGAGCGAGUUAUCCGAGAUCCGACUCAACUUAAAUACAGGUGGGUCGACACGAAGGGUCAUCGUGGCCGGUCUGAAUUUGGAAGCCGGGCAAGUGGACAAGCGGCGACUUGGCCGGAAAAGCCGGUACGUAUACUUGGCGGUGGCGGAGCCGUGGCCGAAGUGUUCGGGAAUUGCCAAAGUGGAUUUGGCGACCGGAGAGGUGACACAUUUUCUAUAUGGUGCGGGAAGGUUUGGCGGCGAGCCGUGUUUGGUGGCGGACGAGACAAGUGAAGACGAAGAUAAAGGGUGGAUGAUGAGUUUUGUGAGAGAUGAGAAGAGAGAUAGGUCUGAGUUGGUAAUAGCGGAUGCUUCAAACAUGAAGCAAGUGGCCUCGGUGAAGUUGCCCACUAGAGUGCCCUAUGGUUUCCAUGGUACAUUUGUUAGUUCACAAUGCUUGAAAGAACAGGCUUUGUAUUGA